AACUAAAUCCAAAAGCUCUCAAAAUAAGGGGGGGAUUUCACCAACAUCGUUACGACCGUUAUAAUGACGACAGUUGAGCGGUUAACGGUGAAUGAUAAGCGGCUCCGAUAAUGGAUCAUUAAGCCUCGGGCGGUACCCUUCGGUAGCGGUGGCCAUAAAUCUGUCCCCCAGUCGAUUGGCAAAAGCUCUCCAGUUCGGACCUUUCUGCGGCAUACUUUUGGGCCCCACCCUGGAAAUGGCCCUUCUUCACUACACCUUGGAGCAGUUGCAGUUGUACCUGAAGUGGGCCCUCAGCAAGCACGGAGAGUUCACUCCCGAGCCCACAAUUCAGCCCUAUCCGGGCAUCUUCAUCGGUGAUCUCAGCCAGCUGAACAGCCUCAAGCGGAACGCCUUCUCCGCCGUGGUGGGCAUCCUCUUUGUGUUGGCCUUUGUCGGAAAUCUGAGCACUCUCUACGUCAAUUCCCGCCGGAAACUGAGACCCUUCUUUCGGUCCUGCCUGAUCUCCCUUGCCUGCAGUGACCUCUCUUCCACGGUUUUCUGUACAAUCUCCUACAUGGCUCAGUUUAAUGCCGAGUACCUCCAGCUUUGGACUAUUGGUGGCUUCAUGUGCAAGUUUGUGCCCUUUGUUACCACCACUUCUGUGCUCUCUGGGAGCCUGACCCUCGUGGCCAUUGCCCUGGAUCGCUACCUGGCCAUAAUGCGGCCAGUGCUGGGCUUGUGGAAUCCAGACUACCGGUUCAGUGUGGUCACCAUGCUGCUGAUUUGGGCCUGUUCGAUUGGCGCCUCGGGACCCCUUUUGGGCAUCUACGAUUUCCAGCAUGUCUAUCUGCUGGAUGCAGAGGACAACAAGGCAGAGGGCGAAGACAACAACGCAGAAGUUCCUGAGGAACUGGUGGUCACCGAACUGGAGCUGGUACACAUGUGCCUGGCCGGCGACCAUGCUGUCGGAUUAUACUACGUAGUACUCUUCACCCUGAUCUUUAUCCCCUGUAUAGUGGCGUUCAUUUGGCUGAAUGCCACAAUUGCGAGGCAGCUCUGGCUGAGGCGGCACUUCCACCAGGAGCAGCAGGUGCGCCAGCAGGAGCCCCAGCAGGGUCAGUUCAAGUCCCUCGGAUCGGCCGGCAGCAAUGGGGACUUCCUGAUGCCCUCGACCUUGGUCAGUGCCAUCGGCGUGGCCCUGCCCUUCGCCGUGGAUAAGAUUCCUCAGCCCUCCAGCCCGCCUUCCCCUAAUCCUGGCAAGAAAACAACAGCAGCGUCGUUGGCCAGGGAGGCCAGACACAGAAAAAUGGUGGUAGUGGUCCUGCUGAUGAUGGCCGUCUUCAUAUUCCUCCGACUGCCCGCCUGGGUCUUCCUGAUUAUGCGACUCUACGGAUCCUACUCGGAGCCCAUCGACUGGCUGCUGUACUUCAGCUUCGGCAUCCUCAACCUCUUCAGCUGCGCCCUGAAUCCCAUAUUCUAUACGUUUCUCACCCAAACGAUACGGACGGCAUCGCUGGUGAAGCAGAAAAUCCGGUAUUUCUUUGGCUGCUCUCCCGGGAAUGUUCAAGACGCCGCCAUGCCAACGGAGGAGGUGAACAAAGGCAAGUGGUCGGGUUGCUGCUGUGGUCUGCGACCACCCACCUUCACCUGGCGCUGCCAACUGGCCCGGAAUGCGGCGGCCACCACCGUAGUCCAGGACUCGGACCACAAGUCCCUCAGUGCCGCGGUGCAGCAGGAGCCGGCCAGCCUGAAACGCAUCCUGAGCUUCAAGCAUGAAGUGUUCACCAUUUACAAGCAGUGCGAUGAGUCGACUUCGAGUGCGUCAAUUGAAUCCUCUGCCUGAUAGGCGGGCACUCCGAUCAUAAAUCACUCGGUUGCAUUUGUCGGAUACGGGAGUAAACGGUUAGCAGAACUUGAUUGAUGGUUAUAGUGGUGGCCCGGGGCACCCACCCACCUCCCAUCUGACAGACCCCUAGUUGGCGAAAAAAACGGUUGUCAUAGUUGUUGGGGGGUUAUCGGACAUCAAAGUAUGUGAAUAUAUAUAAGCACGUACAUUAUGUACCUUAUCGUAAGUGUAAAUAUGGAGAAUAAAGGAAUGCCUUUGAAAGCCAACGAGGUGUUAGAUUCAACACUGUUCGAGUGCAUAGAAAUGGGUUAUUAUAACUAGGAAGUGAUAUGCUGGAGAAUGGCAAUUAAAUUAUAAAGACAUUUAGUCUUAAACUCUUAAAAGAGGUCUUAGAGGUUUUCAUUAAAAAGUGCUUAGAACUAAAAGGAAUUUUAAAAAGAAUUCUACUGACUAAGCUGUGUUUCUAGACUAGUUGUGAGUCACCCCCAAAAAUAUUUGUAUACAUUUUGUUUUUAAAUUAAAAUCAUCUAACAAUGGAUAUGUUAAUCUAUACUACCCACUUCCGUUUUUAAACAAUGGUUAACAAUUUGACAUGUGAGAUACGACUAGAACAUCAAACUAAUUAAAAGCCAAAUGUAUAAUAUUAGUAUCAUUUUUAAUCGGGGGAAAAAAGCUUCCACUCUCUUUCUUCAUGAGUAUCUCUUCUGGCAGUCAGAACUCUAAAAAACUAUCUCUUUUUUACAAACGAGAGAACAUGCAUUUUUUUAUUAAUCAACCAGCCAGCAAGCUCGGCUCAAAAGCUGCUCUUUUUUCAACCAUUCGGUUGAAAACCAUUCAGUUGCUGGCGGCGACUCGCGACGAACGGUUGGAUUUCUCUCUCAGCGGAGACACGUCUUUUGUGCCACACGGCGGGUGAAAUCUUCUGAACCACAGCUCAAAACCGACAAGUGUGGCGUCCGGGCGUCCGAGUGCAUGCCAAAAAGAAAUAUAUACGAGCUCGGCUCCAAUUGUGCGAUUGUAGAAAUUCGUGAGCCAAACAAAUGAAUCGUCAAUAAAUGAGGCCAAUCACCGAAAGAGAGAUGCGAAUUAUCGCAUAAAAUAUUGUCUAAAAAUACACAGAUAUAGUGGUGUAAACCGUAAGAAAGAAAGAAAAAGUGGCAGAAGC